AUGUCACCUGACAAAGCUCCCGAGGGACUCAAGGCUGCCAGUCUCGAGUCAAAGGAGGCCCAGCGGCUUAUACGAGCCGCAAUGCGCAAGGAAAAGAAAGAACUGAAGGCCCAGGCCAAGAAGGAGCGCAAGCUCAAGGCAAAGCAAGCAUUCAAAUUGACAGAUGGGAAGGCUGAUGCCAGCGCGAGCGUAGAGAAGAAGACCACAUCCAGCAAGGGGAAGAGGGAACGGCAGAUGCUGCGCCUAAAAUUGCGCGCCGAGCAGCUCAAGGCGGAGGGUCUGAAGCUGCUGGAAGAUGCAGAGAAGGCCAGGGUUGCAUAUGAGGAGAUGGCCGCCCAAGUCCAUGCAAAGGAUGACAAGGACACAAGCAAGGUGGACUCAUCGAGCAGCAGCGGAUCAGACUCUGAAUCAGACACCGAGUCGACAUCUGACGCUGAUUCCUCGGCGGAACCAGAGCCUGUGUCGGAGAAAAAGAGCAAAAAGUCUAAGAAAGAUGACAAAAACAGCAAGGUUACCAAUGCAUCAAAACCAGAAACAGAGGAAGCCAAAGAAUCAGAAUCCGUCGAUGAGGACAGCGUGCGUGGAAAGAAAAAGAAAGUCAAGAAGGACAAGUCGAAAGUGAAGGAAACAGAUGCGCGCGAUGUGGAGCCGACUGCAGAUGGGGUGCCUUCACAAGACAAAAAGGAGGCCAAGAAGGCUCGCAAGGAAGAAAAGAAGCGCAAGAGAGCGGCUGAGUCGGAGGGAACAGUGGCCACCUCUGCGGACGAUACAACACACGAUAAGAAGUCGAAGAAAUCGAAGUCAAAGGAUGAAACUACUGCCGAAGCUUCCGGGGUAAUGGAGAAAAGGCACGCCCGCACCAGCGCAGCUGAGCAAUGGAAUGUGAGCGGUCUCGAGGGAGGCGCCUCAAGACAGGACAAGUUCAUGAGACUUUUGGGCGGCAAGAAAGCAGGGAACGAGGCGGCGUCGGCGUCUACUGGCACGUCAAGGGGCAAGGCUGACUCUUAUCGGUCGGCCGACGACUUGCAGAGGCAAUUUGAUUACGGCAUGAAGAUGAAGCAUGAGAUGGGAGGCCAGAAAAGGGGUUUAGGGGCUUGA